AUGGAAGAAGCUGGCAUGUUCCCGAAUGUGAGGACUGUGAACAUAAUGAUCGAUAGAUUAUGUAAAGCGCGAAGAGUCGAUCAAGCUUAUUUGAUAUUCAAAGGGAUGGACCACAAAGUUUGUACUCCGGAUGAGAUUACAUUUUGUUCACUUAUAGAUGGUUUGGGAAAGCAAGGGAGAGUAGAUGAUGCAUACAGGCUUUAUGAACAGAUGCUGGAUUCCUAUGAAAUGCCAACUGCUAUUGUAUACACGUCACUCAUAAGGAACUUCUUUGAGUGUGGGAGGAAAGAGGAUGGUCACAAGAUAUACAAAGAGAUGCUAGAAAGAGGUUGUUCUCCUGACCUUGUGCUUCUCAAUACCUACAUGGAUUGCGCUUUCAAAGCAUGUGAAACUGAAAAGGGAAGAGCACUAUUUGAGGAGAUCAAGGCUAGAGGGCUUGUUCCAGAUGUGAGAAGUUACUCUAUCCUUAUUCAUGGCCUUAUCAAAGCCGGUUUUGCACGUGAAACCUAUGAAUUGUUCUAUGCAAUGAAAGACCAAGGUUGUAUCUUGGACACCCGUGCCUACAACACUGUCAUUGACGGUUUUUGCAAGUCAGGUAAAGUGAAUAAAGCUUACCAGCUACUUGAUGAGAUGAAGUCAAAAGGUCACCACCCAACCGUUGUCACCUAUGGUUCUGUCAUCGAUGGCCUUUGCAAAAUUGACAGGCUUGAUGAAGCGUACAUGCUGUUUGAAGAAGCAAGGUCAAUUGGCAUAGUCUUGAAUGUUGUUAUUUAUAGUAGCCUUAUUGAUGGAUUCGGGAAAGUGGGUAGAAUUGAUGAGGCAUAUCUAAUCAUGGAAGAGAUGAUGCAGAAAGGCUUGGCACCAACUGUUUACACCUGGAACUCCUUGCUUGAUGCACUUGUGAAAUCCGAGGAAAUCGACGAGGCAGUGGUGUGUUUUCGGAACAUGAAGGAGCUCAAAUGCACUCCCAACCAUAUAACUUAUAGCAUCCUAAUUAACGGUCUCUGCAAAAUUAGGAAAUUCAACAAGGCAUUUGUGUACUGGCAAGAGAUGCAGAAGCAAGGAUUGAAACCAAAUACCAUCACUUACACUACCAUGAUCUCGGGGCUAGCUAAGGCUGGGAAUAUUUUGGAGGCAAAGAACCUCUUUGAGAGGUUCAAGGCAAAUGGAGGGGUACCAGAUUCUGCUAGUUACAAUGCUAUAAUAGAAGGGUUAAGCAUUGGAAAUAGAGCUGUGGAUGCAUAUGGGAUAUUCGAGGAAACCAGGAUGAAAGGUUUCAACAUCCACACCAAGACCUGUGUUGCCCUUUUGGAUGCUCUGCACAAGGCAGAAUGUCUAGAGCAGGCUGCCAUCGUUGGGGCUGUCCUGCGAGAGACAGCAAAAUCUCAACAUGCUGCGAAACAUUGGUAA